AUACAUUUUGCUACGCCAAUGUCUUAUGUCCAAUUGAAGACUUCAUUGAUACUGCAAGGGGCAGAACAAGACGUAACCGCCAUACUACCCUUUCAUGUACGAUUCUAUUUUUUCUAAUUGCAAUCUCAUACACUCUUUUUGUCGAGGCUCUUUAUUCUCUUGAGGAGUAUAUUCAAGACUCUAGUAACCAGCUGGCUGGCUGUAACUUCAUGGAGGUCUUAUUGUAAUAUCAUCAAUAUAUACUUUUUAAUACUUGGUUCUUUGCCACCCAUCUUUCGUUUAAAUUCAAAUCUUUAUUGUUAUAUCUCCAGGCGAGAUGACUUCCCUUCUAUGUGGCCUAGCCCUCACGCUCUUUACGAAACAUGUUGCCGCCUUGCAGGUCACACCAAAUUCACCCUGUGCUUCCCUCUGUGUAGAUUCUAAUAGUCUCGACUUGUCCGACCCAAACUCGUCAACGAUAGGCACAGAUGAUAUUACCUGUUACGAUUCCGAAUAUGCUUCCUCGUCUACAGGGCAAACGUUCCAGAAAUGCCUGAGCUGUCUCCAAGACAGCACCUUUUCUCAAGGGAGUGAGAACGAUCAACUGGCGUUCUUAUAUAAUCUAAGAUUUACAUUUGGCCAUUGUACUUCCGGACCUUGUUCUACCUCCACCGCGUGUGGUGACCUAGAAACGGCUUGGACGAAUAGUGAUCUGGACGAUAAGAAGAGUGAUUAUUCGUACUGUGCUGCGAACGGGGCCGUAACAGACGAUGCGGUGUCUAAGUGUCAAUCCUGCGUGGCUGCUUCUGGGAGCCAGGAUUACUUAGCCAACUUUCUUACUGCUCUAGAUACGGGUUGCAAGCAACAACCGCUUGCAGGUACCCUCUUAGGGUUGAACGAUACCGUCUUUUCCAAGAAUAUGAUCAGUUCGAUCGAUCCGACUGCCGAAGGGACCAUCGAGGGUGACAAGAAACCAAUUCUAUCAACAACGCAAAUUACCGGAAUUGCCGUCGGUGGCGCUGUUGCCGUGCUCGCUGUAGCCGGCUUCUUCCUCAUACGUUGCCGUAAACGACGAAAUCGUCGUCUCAUUGUUGGAGAUACCAAAUUCUCAGGAAAGGGGCAAAAGAAGGACCGACACCGCUCAUCCCUCUCGUUCCGCUGUCAAACCCAUUUAACCCCACGAUCUCCGGCCUUCUUCCCAAACCCUGCAGAUGCCAUCAUCGAGGAGAAGAACCCGUAUGCAGGUCCUCACUCUGCUCUCGGUUCUCAUCCUCUUGUUGCCCCCGAGUCUCCAAGGCAAGCGACAUGGUUGGCCGAGAAGACCCGACCAGGUUUUGGUCCGUCCCCCGCCAUGAACGAUAGGAUGGUACCAUUACCUACCAUCACCACGGCCGUUCCUACAAUUCCCGGGAAUGUGCAUUAUUUAGGCUCCCCUAAACCUGCAUUCUUCUCGCCUGUCGAUGAGCCGGGGAGCACCACUAGCACGAAGAGCACAGCGCAGCUUCUGCCCUUGAGGCAGUAUAAUCCUGCCGAGUAUGGGAUGACUUCACCCCAGGUGGGUGUGAGUCCCGAUGGCAUGUAUAGUAGUCCUACUUCUGGUACUACCAACAGCCCCCUAUUAAGUCGUGUCUGGGAACAAAGAACACCGACGUGGGAACUUCCGCCGCGCGCAUCUAGCCGACCUUCCGGCGUUGGGGCUUGGGAGAGGGUUGCAGCCGGGGUCGCGGCGAAGAAUAAAAGGAGUAGUAGCAAUUGCGGAAGUCCAGUUAAGACUACGCAGUUCAGUUUGCAUUAUCCACCACCGCCUGGCCAGCGAUAGCUCUCGUGCGCUUAUCUGGAUACAGGCUUGUGUAGAUUGACGUCCGCGCAGAAGGCGUGUAAGUUGGUCUUCGGGUGCGAUGGAAAUAAGGGGCAUGGAAUGAUGAUGAAGGGAUGAUGUAG